AUGCUCGUCCGGCAGGUCUUCGCCAGUGUUCUGGCUGCCAUGGCCGCCGUCGGCGUGGCUGCUCAGCAAGGAGACGACGACUUCACAACACCACAGGAGGGUCUGCCUUCGCCUACCAGCACGCCCUCGCCGACGGGAGAAGGGGAUGGCCCUACGCCGACUGACUCGGCGGAGAGCGGGCCGGCAACGCAUACUAUUGCUGUGGGAGCGAACGGUCAUGUGUUUACACCGAAUCAUGCGACGGCCAAGGUUGGGGAUAUUGUUCAGUUCAACUUUUACCCUGCCGGUGACAAUCCGCAUCGUGUCGCUCGUGCUGCGUUUGGUUGGCCAUGCAUCCCAUACGAGAACGCCGCCAUCGACAAGCCGGGCUUUUACUCGGGCAUUAUUGCUCCCCAAGUUAUCAUGAACCCGCCCCCCUCCUACUCCGUCCGCGUCAACGACACCGAACCCAUCUUCUUCUACUGCGCCGCCCCCGGCUCCUGCAUCAACUACCACAUGGUCGGCGUCAUCAACCCCAACUCCACCCAAACCCUCGAAAAGCAGCUCGAAUUCGCCAACGAAGCCACCUACCAGCUCAUGCCCGGCGAACCCUUCCCCUCCGAAACCCCCGUGCCAACCCCGACCCCGGGAGCCGGGCCGCCCGACGACAACCACAACUCGAACGGCAGCGGUGGCGGAAGUGGACUAAGCGCGGGCGCAAUCGCGGGGAUCGCAAUCGGUGGCGCGGCCGUGUUGAUCCUGGGCGCCGUGGUGGUGUAUCUCUGUGGACGUCGAGGCGGGUUUGACAAGGCCUACCGCCGGUCUGCCCUACCCGGGGGCGGCGGUAACGGCGGUGCGGCAGCAGUCGCCGCUGCUGGCGCGACUGCGGGUGCAGCCGGUGCCAACGGCGACAACCGCUCGCCGAAUAUGGUCGAGGCGAACUACCCCAAGAGUCCCGGGCAGACGACCCUGUCCAGCUACGGAUCGCCGCAACCGGACGGGAUGGCGAGGAACUCGUUCUAUGCGGCCAAUGGCGGGGCAAACGGGGGGUAUCCGUAUCCUGGCCCGACGCCGUCGCCGGGACCGCAGCAGGGUGGUGGGUAUGGCCAUGCGGGGGUGUAUCCGUCUCCUUACUCCUCUCCGCGCGCCGAAGACCAUCACCAGCAUCAGCAGACACCUUUCCUGCAGCCUGCGCCCGUGGAACUGCCUUCGGGUGAUGCCCCGGCGCCGGCUCAAUCGCCUCCACCGGGGUACAUACAAAACAACCUCUACCGGCCGAGUGGGAAGCCGUGA